AUGCUAGUCAACAACACUCCAGCCUCGGUCUUGCUGCUCUUCAGCUGCGCAGCAGCCAUCUUUUCUGCUCCGACGCAGGCGUCAAGUGUCUCGUACACCAUCCUCGUCCCAUGCGGCGCCGACGCGGACAACAAGCACGCCGUCGUGCCCGACGCCUACGGCUGUCAGAAGAUUUCGAACAUCGGCGCGUUCACCAUCGCCACGCUGGGUAAGGCCGAAGAAAACGUCCGCAUCGGCUUCUCACCCACGCCGGAUUGCAAGCAGACCUACGCCCCGCCCUUAGAGGAGCUCGCGCAGCUGGCACAGAACCAGACCUGCCGCUCGUUCAUAGUCGGUCCUAAUGCGAACGGAGUAAUGCUCGACCCCAACGGUGCGGAGGCGGGCACCAAGAUGCUAGCUGCCACGAAGAGGGAUGAGACGCAGCAGUUGAAGAAGGACGAAGAGGGGAGUUUGUGGAAGCGCGGAGUGGGCGAAUACGUGAAUGGGUUCUUGAGGAAGAGGACCAACGGUGAGGAUAGCGCGGGAGCUGGGACUGAAAGAAACACUAACACUGAGCCUGUUCAUCCUUCUGGCGGGCCUCAGACGGAUCAGGUGGUGCUGUCGUACGUGAUGCUUGUCAACGCUUGA